AUGACCAAUAGAGUUUAUUAAAAUUAUUCAUAGCAGAUAGAAGAUGAUUGUUUAUUUGUUUCACAGUAAAAUUUAUUUCCAUUAAAGAAUUCAUGAUGAAUCUUAAGCCUAAAAGACACUUAGUUAUCAAAUGCCCAAUGUAAAAUAGUACAAAUCAGAUACUCAAAUAUCUAAUAUGAGCACUUUUACCAUUCUAUGUAAGAUAAGCCCCAUUAAUCCUCCUGAUACUCCAAAGGAAAUUAAAACUUUUAAAUUAUAUAAGGAUCAAUAAAACCAAAAAUAAGUAAAAUAAAGCUCAAAGCUAUCUCUCAAACAGGAUGACUCCUUCAUGAAAUAGAAUGAAAAUCAAUAUUCCGAGAAAUAUAAAAGAAGAAGACCUAUUUUAGUUGUCAGGCAUUCAAAAAGUUUGUCAUGUAUCAAAAAAGAAAAAUCAGUCCGUUUUCAUCUGGAAAAAGAUGAAAGUAGCUUUUAAUUUUACAUUUUCUAAAAUUGGAUUCAAAAAGUAAAAAAAACUAACGAAUAGAUCUGUUCGUUAAAGGAAUUCGAUGAAGAUGCAUCAUUAAAUAGUAAUGGAGCUAAGAAAAUAUUUGAAAAAAUUCAUAAAAAAUAUGAAUCUAAAGUACAUUUCUAAUUUCCUUUUUGA